UUUGUCAGUUUACUAUAACACGCCGCAGUGCUUAAAAGUGCAAGAAAAGUGUUUUUAUUUUUGUGAAACAGAAGAAAGUGUUUAAAAAUAUUUCAAGGGACGGUGAAGAAAUUCCCAAAAGAAAAGUUGAAAGUGUCACAAAUUAAGAACUGAUAAAAUUGGAAAAAUCCCAGGAAAAUGGGUGCCAAAACAUGCUUAGUGGUAUUUACCCUUGGCCUGUUGCAUGUUCACAUAGCUUUUGUAGCAUCAAAAGCAGUCACUGAUCAAGAAGCAGCCGAGUCACAAGUCAGUAAUUCACAAAUUGCACAGCAGAGGAUAGGGGAUUUAGGAUUAUUAGUGGACAAUCAUGAACAUUUGCACCACGAUCAUCAUCAUGAAGAACACGAUCCUGGAUUUUGGAAGAAAAAAGUCAUUUGGAAGGAGGGGUGGAAAAAGUAUUGGAAACCUGGAAAGAAGCAGAUUUGGAAGCCUGACUGGAAGAAAAUUUGGAAACCAAUUUGGGUUCCAAUAAAUGUCCCAGUCUGGAAAGAUAUUCAAGUGCCAGCAUUCAAGAAAAUUUGGAAACCAAAAUGGGUUGAAAUAAAGGUUCCAGCAUGGAAAGAAGUUAAGGUGCCAGACUGGAAGAAAAUAUGGAAACCUAUUUGGGUACCUUACAAGAAGGAAGCAUGGAAAGACGUUCAAGUUCCAGAUUGGAAGAAGAUUUGGAAACCAAAAUGGGUAGAAAUUCAAGUCCCAGCAUGGAAAGAGAUUCAAGUGCCAGCUUGGAAACAAUAUUGGGUGCCAAAAUGGGUUAAAGUUGGAAUUCCAGGUGAGAAAUUUUUGGGAAAGGAUCACGAAGGAUGGGAAUAUACAUCGCAUGAUCUUUGGAAGAAAAAGUUGGUGUGGAAGAGCGCAUGGAAGAAGAUUUGGGUGCCAUCAAAGAAACAAAUCUGGGUUCCACAUAAAAAGCUCACUUGGAUUGAGGACUAUAAACAGGUGUGGAGAACAGAACAGAAGCAAAUUUGGGUUGAAGAUAAGAAAUUAGCAUGGAAGGAAGCAUGGAAACAAGUCUGGAGAACAGAUAAAGUACAAACUUGGGUACCUGACAAGAAACUUACAUGGAUUGAAGCAUGGCAGAAAGUGUGGAAGCCAUCGAAAAAACUCGAAUACGUGCCAGACAAGAAGCUUGAAUGGAAAGAAGCAUGGAAACAAAUUUGGGUACCAGACUAUAAAGAGAUUUGGCUUCCAGCAUGGAAAAAGAUUUGGAGACCAGUCAUCAUUAAUGAGUGGUUCCCAACACCAGAUCACCACGAUGACCAUCAUCAUCAUCAUGAUGUGGGUUGGGAUCGAACAGAUUUAACUAGUCAAGCCAAAGUUCUUUGGAAACGUGAUAAUUCAGGAUCAGUGACAUCAGCCGUCACCGAAUCGCCAUCAAAUACACAACAAGCUGUAGAAGCAACUACAACAUCUAUUAAAUCACGAUAAUCUAUUCCAAAAAUAAGUUUUAUUUUUCAUACUUAUGCAUUUUCCAUUCCUCAUUACUACUCAUUAUGUUAAUAGUUUUUAUUGUUCUGUUUUUAGUCCAUAAAUGUUGUACUUAAUGCGUUAUAUUUUAAGUAGAAAAUAAUUUUUUUUAAAGACAAAUGACUUAAAAGAAAUAAAGAAGGAAGAGAAAUAAAUUAUUUUGACAAUGUAAAA